AAAUUUCGGCUGUCCACUCCGAUGGCGAUAAAGAAGGAACAGCAACUGUCACACUCUGGCCAGGUGUUCGCAGGUAGCGCAGGGAGUACGUGCCACGGGACUCCACUCAAACUGCAGGCUGCACUCAUUCGUUGUGCGCUCGGAAAGUCACUCCGUUCGGAGGGGUUCCAUUUCGUUUCGUUCGUGCGCCUUGGUGUAUGCAACACGAGACACUCAGUCCGUGCCAUUCCGUUUUGUUCCGCUUUGUGGCAGCUGGAGUAUGCAACACAAGGCAGUCGCUUGUCGCAGGCAGCGGCAGCAGUUGCAUUCUUCAUCCAGCCGGCCAGCCAUCCAGCGGGACCAGCAGGAGUCUUGGAGCCAGUUUCUAGGAGGGACAAGCACAUCGCUCGCAUUCCACAUUCGCAUUCAUUCGACGCAUUCGUACGCGAACCUAGUCGUCGCUGGGAGCACCAUCAACCAUCAACCGUCGGCUAUUUGACUUCUUUGUUUAGUGAGAACCUGCCGAGAACCAUCGAUAGACGAGCGAGCCAACUAAUCACAUUACCAGCCAUCAGCCAUCACCGUCAGCAGAAGGCAGAGGCAGCAGACAUCAGACAGUAGACGGCAGACAGCAGAAAGCAGCAGGCAGCGACA